AUGGCCGUCGAGAACGCUGAAAAGGCCCCACUCACCACCAAUGGCGCACCCAUGCCGGCCGUCGAUGUCAACCUGCUCAAGGAGGGCGUACCCCAUCUCGCUGAUCUCGACCCGGCGAAGUUGAAGAUUAAUCUUACGACCUCACCGAAGCCGAUCCCACACGAAGAUGAUUUGAUCUUUGGCAAGCACAUGGCCGAUCAUAUGCUCAUCGCAGAGUAUACACCGGAGCACGGCUGGGGCGCACCAGAGAUCAAGCCUUUCGGCCCGCUCACCGUCGACCCGUCUGCAUCUUGCUUCCAGUACUGUACGAACUGCUUUGAGGGCAUGAAGGCGUACAUGGGACCAGAUGGCCAGCCACGCCUCUUCCGCCCCGAAAAGAACAUGGCGCGCCUGCAACGCUCUAUCGACCGCCUGGCUCUCCCUCCUUUCUCCCCCGACGCUCUCGUGACCCUCAUCAAAAAGCUUGUCAUGGUAGACAAGCGCUGGAUACCCACCGCUCCGGACACUAGUCUAUACGUCCGCCCCACCAUCAUCGGCACGCGUCCAGGCUUCGGUGUUGUCGCGAGCUCAACGCAUGCAAUCCUGUAUGUGUUACUCAGCCCGACCGGAAAGUUCUUCAAGAUCCCGAAGGGGGUCUCGCUAUUGGCCGUGAACGACAAUGUGCGCGCGUGGCCGGGAGGUACCGGUGACUACAAACUGGGUGUCAACUACGCGCCGGGCUUCAGGCCUCAACAGAAGGCUCUCGAGCAGGGUUACCAGCAGAUCCUUUGGCUCUUGCACGACAACGUCACUGAGGCUGGCGCCAUGAACUUCUUCGUCGCUCUCAAGCGUGAUGACGGUGACAUCGACCUCCUCACGCCACCAUUGGACGGCACCAUCUUACCCGGCGUAACGCGAGAAUCUGCCCUCGAGCUCUUCAACGCACAUGGAAAAGAUACAUCCCUUCCCAACCUCUCCAAUAAGACAAAGCUGCAUGCGCGCGAACAGACCAUUACAAUGACGGAGAUGGCUCAGUGGUACAAGGAGGGCAAGCUGCUUGAGGCGCUCUGCGUGGGCACUGGCGCCGUCGGCACCUCCGUCGCGCGCAUCGGAUGGAAGGGUGAGGAUAUUCACUUCCCGGAGUACAGUGGGAACCAUAUUGGUCCGGUAGCGGCGGCCCUCAGGGAACGCCUGGUUGAUAUCCAGUCUGGCCGCGUUGAGUGGAAGGGAUGGAGUGUGCUCUGCAGUGAUGCCUGA